CGGGCGGGGGGCUCCCUGUUGCCCUGGUUACGCCGAGGCACGUGUGCAGUCCCGGAAGCGGCUCCGGGAAGCUGCCCAGCGCACGCAACCGGAGGAAUCGCCGCCGGGUACGCUGGGGUCGGGUCCGGCUGGGCCAUGGAGCCGUUGCCUGAGCCCGCGCCCCGGCCUGGGCCCCGCUGUCUUCUGCUUCUCUCCCUGCUACUGUUGCUGCUGCUGCUACUGCCAGCGCCAGAGCUGGGCCCCGGCCAGGCGCACGCGGAGGAGACUGACUGGGUUCGACUCCCCAGCAAAUGCGAAGUGUGUAAAUAUGUCGCCGUGGAGCUGAAGUCAGCUUUUGAGGAGACUGGCAAGACCAAAGAGGUGAUUGACACAGGCUAUGGCAUCCUGGAUCGGAAGGCUUCCGGAGUCAAGUACACCAAGUCCAUUUCAGAGCCCCCAGACCAGAUGACCUAUCUUCCUUCCAGCUCUGACUUCCCUUUGGUGAGAUGCGCAGGAGCUCAGUCCCUCUCGUGCUGCUGUCUCUGCAGGGACUUACGGUUAAUCGAAGUCACUGAGACCAUCUGCAAGAGGCUCCUGGACUACAGCCUGCACAAGGAGAGGACCGGCAGCAACCGGUUUGCCAAGGGCAUGUCGGAGACCUUUGAGACACUGCACAACCUGGUCCACAAAGGGGUCAAGGUGGUGAUGGAUAUCCCCUACGAGCUGUGGAACGAGACCUCUGCAGAGGUGGCUGACCUCAAGAAGCAGUGCGACGUGCUGGUGGAAGAGUUUGAGGAGGUGAUCGAGGACUGGUACCGGCAUCACCAGGAGGAAGACCUGACUCAGUUCCUCUGCGCCAAUCACGUGCUGAAGGGCAAGGACACCAGUUGCCUGGCAGAGCAGUGGUCCGGCAAGAAGGGGGACACAGCCGCCCUGGGAGGGAAGAAAUCUAAAAAGAAGAGCAGCAGGGUCAAGGCAUCGGGCGGCGGCAGCAAACAGAGGAAGGAGCUAGGUGGCCUGGAGGAAGACCCCAGCCCCGAUGAGGAUGAGGGCAUCCAGAAGGCGUCCCCUCUCACACACAGCCCCCCGGAUGAGCUUUGAGGCUAACCCAGUGCCCCCUGUACCGAGACCCCUGACCUGAAGCUGAGGAAUCUGGGACCCCGCUCUGGCCGGCAGACAGCUGUCCUGCUCCAGGUCCUCCCUGCCGGGCCGGCUUGCCACCAGGAAAGACACGGUGGGGGGAAGAACCCGCCUCCUCCCUCUGCCCAAUGGCUCUCCUGACCCCGGCUUCCGGCGGGCCGUGCGAUUUCCCGCCUGCCGAGGACUCUGGUGUGAACUCAGCAGGGGCAGGUGUGGGGCCCGUGGGGAGGGCACCCCGGCCUUCACCUCCCCUCACUCCUCUCCAAUGGGGAAGCAAGACUGCAGGCCAUCCCACCCCCGCUUACCCCCUCCUGUGGACACCUGGCACUCUGCCCGGCCCUCCCCAGGGCUCACAGAGUAAAAACCUUUUGGCCUUUUUGUUCCAAUUUUUGAGUCCCCUCCAGCUCCUCAGAGAGGCCUGGAGCCCCUGUUGCUCUUCCUUGCCCCUCACCUUCCAGCCUUGGGGGCCGAGAAUGAAGAGGCAGCUCCCAUCCUCCCAUUAUUGAGGCUGGCCUGCCGGCCCUGGGGAAUGGCAGGUGCAGGGAGGGCCUGGGUUGUUCUGGGGUGAGGCCCUGCCCCUCAGCUGCCUUUGGACUCCCUGAGCUCCCCACGCCAGGAGGGGCCUGACUUGUGCCCUGGGCACCUGGCUGCCCUCCAUCCUCUCUUCCCUCCCCAAAGGCCUUCCCAUUUGUUGUGUAAACUGUUUACUGAUGACCUCACCAGAUUCCACCCCUCCUUCCCAUCUGCAUCUGCCCUGCUUGUUGGUCUUGAACCUUGUUCCCUGAUGACCACAAAUUACCGCU